AAAUAAAACACACACAUCAGCAAUUACUAAUUAGCGAAUCACCGAGAUCUGAAGAGUUUUUUUUCUUCUCUGAUUCAUCACCAGCAAGAUUCAUUCACUGUUAUCACAUCUUCCUCACUAAAUUCUCCAACAUAUCGCACAAAAAUUGCAGAUCCUAAAUCCAUUGUUAGCUGCGAGAGUUGUAACUUCCUUGACCGACUAGCGACAUUUUUUUACUUUUUUUUCUGAAGACCCAAUAGGAAUUUGUAUCGUCAUCACCGAAUUUCCCUUAGACCCAACUCGAAUCGACUGGCUUUACGGAGGCCCAGUUGAAGUUGCAGCUCUAAUUUUACUAUUCAGAUUCGAGGGGCUGUUGGAGUUGCAGCAUCAGCUACUUUCCCGGGAAAAGCGUUUUUUUUGUCACAUAUCGAGGGAAUGAAUGAGAGCACCUCUACCAAAUAUAGCAUUAGUUGAUUUGCUGUAAUAUAACUAGUUUAGUUAGUUUUAGUAGUGACAGAUACCAGGACGUUAUAUCUGGGGCAUGAGUGCAUAGAUUUAAAGGGACAGAAUUUGGUACAAUGAUCAGCAAACACCUUCUGCUGACCUACCUGUAUCUCUUAGUAUAUAUAACCCUAUCCUCAGGAGUUAUUCUGUAUAACAAGUGGGUUCUCUCACCAAAGUAUUUCAAUUUCCCAUUGCCGAUAACACUUACGAUGAUUCACAUGGGCUUUUCGGCUUUUGUGGCAUUCGUUCUGAUCCGUGUUCUUAAGGUUGUAUCACCUGUGAAGAUGACAUUUGAAAUAUAUGCAACAUGUGUAAUUCCUAUUAGUGCCUUCUUUGCUGCAAGUCUAUGGUGCGUGAUGAUUUUCAAAGAAUGGAGGAAAAGGCUUGCUUUCACGGUUUUGUUUGGAAAUACAGCCUACUUAUUCAUCUCUGUUGCCUUCAUUCAGAUGCUCAAAGCCUUGAUGCCAGUUGCCACUUUCCUCAUGGCUGUUCUUUGUGGAACUGACAAGUUAAGAUGCGAUUUAUUUCUGAACAUGCUAUUGGUCAGUUUUGGAGUUGUGAUAUCGUCAUAUGGGGAAAUUCAUUUCAAUGUAGUGGGCACAGUCUAUCAAGUUACAGGAAUAUUUGCUGAAGCUCUUAGAUUGGUUCUUACCCAAGUUCUGCUCCAAAAGAAGGGCCUAACACUCAAUCCUAUCACAAGCUUAUAUUACAUUGCUCCUUGCAGUUUUGUGUUCUUGUUUGUACCAUGGUACCUGUUGGAGAUGCCCGGGAUUGAAGUAUCACAGAUCCGGUUCAAUUUCUGGAUAUUCUUCUCAAAUGCACUUUGUGCAUUGGCUUUGAAUUUCUCAAUCUUCCUGGUAAUUGGUAGAACUGGUGCUGUUACUAUUCGAGUUGCUGGCGUUCUAAAAGACUGGAUUCUUAUUGCUCUUUCAACUGUCAUUUUCCCGGAGUCGGCAAUCACAAAACUAAAUAUCAUCGGUUAUGCUAUUGCUCUGUGUGGUGUCGUCAUGUACAAUUACUUGAAGGCCAAUGAUGUUAGGUCAUCCCAAACUUCCGGAGAUAGUGAACGAGCAGCGAAGGAUCUGAGGUCUUCCAAUAUGUAUGGUCUGGACGAUAACUCCUCAAACAGCAGUAUGGCAGGAAAGAACGGAAGGAGUGGGUCUCAUUUAGAGGUUGUGAUAGACGAGGAAGUCCCUCUGAUUCCUGCUUCGAAGGGUCUGUUGUCGAGGUCAAAACCCAGUUAGAGAUAGAUGCUGGAAAUUAGUUACAGUUGUUCCUUCGAUUGUUGGUCUACUCAUGGAGCAGCUCUUUUUGCAGCCUAUUGUCAUUCUUUACCUAGGAGAAUUACUAUGGAUACUUGACAUUUCUUUGGAGUAUACAAUGCAAUAGUUGGUUGUUUGCAUGAA